CCCCCUCUUCUCAAAGGAAGUGUGCACUUCCUGUCAUAAGAGGAGGGCAGAUUAGGUUUUGUCUGCGUCGGCGCAGCUGAUGGCAGCAACGCAGUGGACGCGACGCUAGCAGCUGGGCUUGUUUUCAAGAGAGGAGAACGGACAGAAAACGAGAGCGCGUGGCAUAUUGCGUGCGUGCGUGUGUGUGUGUGUAUGAGUGAGAGCAAGGGCUAGCGCUAGUCUGGCAGUCUGUGUUUUCAGUAAGGGUGCGUGAGAGAGAGGGAGGGAGGGAGAGAGAGAGAGAGAAAGCUGGGAUAAAAGAAGGCUUGGAUCAGCUUUGGCCUGUGCAGUCUUUUAACGAGGCAUGUUUCACAGACACAGGCGCACCGAGGCAGAAACAGGAUUUGUUCCAAGCGUUCAGGACUUUGACAAGAAGCUUGCCGAAGCUGAUGCCUAUCUUCAGAUUCUCAUUGAUCAGCUCAAGCUCUUUGAUGAAAAAAUAAAGGACUGCAAAGAAGAUGAGUCACGCAGAAAAAUUGAGAACCUAAAGGAUACAACUUGUAGUAUGGUAGAGUCCAUCAAACACUGCAUUGUACUACUUCAAAUUGCCAAGGAUCGAGGUAAUGAUCAGCAGCACGCAAACGGACUGAUAAGCACCAUCAACCCAGUGGAUGGGAUAUACCAGCCCAGCCCUCUGGACUCAGACGUUGUCAACGCCAUGCCAACACAGACCACCCUCCCCACAGAUGGGGCACAGAUGUGCAAAACUGAGCAGAGGCCGUCGUCUCUGCCGGUGGGUCCCGUAGCCACAGUGAUGGGCAGCCUGCAGACGCCCACCCCCAACAGCACAGGGAGCGUGCCCUCAGCGCCCAGCAGCAGCGUGGCGUCGCCGGCCCACAUGAGCCUGCCCGCCCACAACGUGCCCGACUUCUCCUACUCCAGCAGUGAGGACGAGGAGUUCUACGAUGCCGACGAGUUCUCCAGCACCUCUCCCAAGCACUGCACCGAGACUCCUACCACCCUGCCCAGUGCAGAGGGUCCUACGCUGAAGCGGCCGGACACCAAUGAGUCCCUCAACUCCUCCAUGUCCAAUGGCACUACGGAUGCAGACCAGUUUGACAGCCACGACGAACGGGACGAUGACGGCGAGGGCGAGUCCGUGGAGGAGCACAAGAGCGUCAUCAUGCACCUCCUCUCGCAAGUGCGCCUGGGCAUGGACCUCACCAAGGUGGUGCUGCCCACGUUCAUCCUGGAGAGGAGGUCGCUGUUGGAGAUGUACGCCGACUUCUUUGCUCAUCCAGAUAUAUUUGUCAGCAUCGCAGACCAGGCAGAGGCCAGGGACCGCAUGGUGCAUGUGGUGAAGUGGUACAUGUCCGCAUUCCACGCCGGCCGCAAGGGCUCUGUGGCCAAGAAGCCCUACAACCCCAUCCUGGGAGAGGUGUUCUUCUGCCACUGGGAUCUGCCUUCUGAAUCAGAUGACCCAACCGCCUCGGAGCCUCUGUCGGAGGGUCCAGUACCGGGGUGUGGGAAAAACAGCGUGUCAUUCGUAGCAGAGCAGGUCUCUCACCACCCCCCAAUAUCUGCAUUCUACGCGGAGUGCCUCAGCAAAAACAUCCAGUUCAACGCCCACAUCUGGACCAAGUCCAAGUUCCUGGGGAUGUCCAUCGGGGUCCACAACAUUGGCCAAGGCUGUGUGUCCUGUCUGGAACAUGAUGAACACUACAUCCUCACCUUCCCUAACGGAUAUGGCAGGUCGAUUCUCACCGUGCCGUGGGUGGAACUGGGUGGCGAGUGCAACAUCUCCUGCUCCAAGUCGGGCUACAGCGCCAACAUUGUGUUCCACACUAAGCCCUUCUACGGUGGCAAGAAGCACCGCAUCACAGCCGAGAUUUUCGCCCCUAAUGACAAGAAAUCCUUCUGCUCCAUCGAGGGCGAGUGGAACGGGGUGAUGUACGCUAAAUGGGCUUCGGGGGAGAACAAUAUAUUCAUCGACACAAAGAGAAUAGGCAUUAUCAAGAAGAAGGUGAGGAAGUUGGAGGACCAGCUGGAGUAUGAGUCUCGAAGCCUCUGGAAAGAUGUGACCUUGAAUUUGAAACUCAAGGACAUUGAUGCGGCGACGGAAGCCAAGCACCGGCUGGAGGAGAAGCAGCGGGCGGAGGCCAGAGAGAGGAAGGAGAAUGAAACGCAGUGGGAGACCAGGCUGUUUCAUGAGGACGGCGAGUGCUGGGUGUACGACGAGCCCCUUUUGAAGAGGACGGCGUCACGGCACUGAAGCCAGCCCUCCUCUCUCCCAAUCCCCCCCGUCCCCAUCCAAGACAUGUCCCGCCAACACACUCGAGUCUUAAUAAGAACUCUAUUCUCCUUUCGCCAACCACUUCUCUCAUCCGAGCUUUGGAAUGAACAACUGGCCUUUUGACGUACACACACACACACACACACACACACACACACACACAUAUACACACACAGCUUAGCAUUUUUGAAGUUAGAAGAGAAAAAACAUGGAAUGAUUUAACAAGUGAAAAAAUAAAGAGCUCAAUAGAAGAAACAUAAAGAUAAUGAAGAAGGAAAAAAAAAAAGAUGUUUAACUCAAGUUCUUGCCAAACCCCACCACUCUCUCUCCACCUCCCCUUUAAGAAUAAACCCUUGAAUGAUUAAUAGAGUAACGAAAUAAACUGAACACUUUUUGAGACACGAAACUGAAUCAAGGCCCUUCAGCAACACAGACAAAAUUCACAGGUGAGGACCCCCACCCAUCACCACCACCACCCCACCAACCACCUCCCCUCCCCUCCCCUAAGGUUCCCUCUGUUCCAUGAGGAGGGUAAGAAAGAGUGGAGUAAAGUGGUGUUUGUGUCGAUAAAACCAUGGAAACAACAGCGUUCUGUAUCUCAGGGAAACUGGUUACUGAGGAUCGAAGGCUGUCCCUGGAAAAAAAAUAUUGAAGGCCUUAUAACGGUGGACCCUGGCGAAGAGGGGGAGAACUUGGCUUGCCUACAGCUAUCUGCAACUAUUUAUAUAUAUAUAAUAUAUUCUAAAUAUAUAUAUAUAUAUAUAUAUUUAGAAACAUGAUAUAUUCUUUUUAUUUCCUUUUUUUUUUCUUUCUUGCAGGCAAUAGUAUGUUUUAAAAACAUGAACUUGAAAACUAUACAUCAGAAACCAUUCCAUUCACUCGUAACAUUUUUUUCUCAUUUUGGAGGAAAACGAUAUUUCUCUGCCCCUGGUUCCUUUCUGUUAGACCCUGUGUCCAUGUAAAAAUUACAUGAUGAGGGUCUGAAGAAGAAAGGCUCUGGAAAAUAUGGCUGCUUCUGCAAGAGGGACAGAAAAGGGGACGACCUACCUUGUAUUGAUACAAACCAUACUAGCUUUCAUGAACAGUUUUUUUUUUUCCCUUUUCGUUUUUGUUUGUUUAUGUGUUUGUUCACAUUUCUCAUUUUUUCUUUCCUUCAUCUGAUUGGAUAACAUGCCUCACUGCCUCAGUGAGGCCGACUUUUAUAGAAUGCUGCUUGAGUGCCCAAAUUCGGUCAGUAGUGGAUGUGAAGACAGGUUAUGGUAACAAUAGUGUUGUCCGUAAGAUAUACAUCAUGAUCUCGUGUUCGCCAUAUGUCUGGAUUUUACGUACUCUUGCAAGGCUACACCAGAAUAUAAAAAGCACUUCUGUGUGAUGUCAAAAUUGUAGUCUAAAUAAACACAAGGUUUACAAAUCAGUGCAUUACACUGCUGUGACUAUGUUUAAUGAAAAGCCUUUUAGUUUCAGUUUGUAUAGGAUGUAAUAUCUUGAGGGAUCAUCUGCUUCUUGGAAUGGUUCAUUUCAUCAGAAGUAUUUGCACAUAUUUGCAACUACACUAUGUGAUACAGUAGUUGUGUUCAUGUUUGGAAAUGCAUCCGCUGAUUGAAACGUCUGGGUUUUCAUCUUGGCACACUUCUGCUGCACACAUUUAAAAAAAAAAAAAAAAAAAAUAUCAACAUGAGUGUGUGCAGAGAGGAAGUUGGAUUUAACACUUUGGAUUAGAUGUCCCUCACUCUCUGUGCUGAGUAGAGGGAGAAGUCUAUUCUGAUGGAAUUUGCUCAAAAAAGCCAUUUAUUUUUAUUUCAUGUAGUCUUUGUAGAUGAAAACGAGGCCUUGCCAUAUGCAUUUCACUUUCACCCACUAUCGCUUGGGAGGGAGCAAUCCAUGCAAACAUUUUUAUUUCUCCCCAAAUCAUAAACGUUGAUUGUACCAUUUUUUUCCUUCCAUUUAUUGAUGCAUAAUAUUAAAAGCUCAAUGAGUUGACUCA